CAGUUCAUCAUAAAUGUCUUCUUUUGUGGUGUUAUUUGUUUGUACCGUUUGUUCAUGUUAUAAAAAGUUAAUAAAAGCUUAAUAUUUUACUAAGGUCUAGUGUGCAAUAUUGUUAACUUAUACCCAGUCGCCAAAACUAAUAUUCGUUAACCACCGUUUAGUUGUGGUGUAACAAUCAGUUAAGAAAAUUGUGUUAUAUUUGUAGUGCAUUUGAGCGUGGUGUUCAAAAAUAACAGUGUGUAAAUGGUUUGUUAGUGUAGAAGCAAAGCUAUAAAGUACUAACAAUGACUACAAACCCCAGAAAGGGCACCGACCCGGUGCCUAUGGAAGAAAGUGACCAGCUGACUAUAAGGCCCUUGGGUGCUGGUCAGGAAGUUGGCAGGUCCUGCAUCAUGUUGGAGUUCAAAGGGAAGAAAAUUAUGCUGGACUGUGGCAUUCACCCGGGCUUGUCAGGGAUGGAUGCUCUACCUUUUGUGGACCUCAUUGAGGCUGAUGAAGUGGAUCUCCUACUGAUUUCUCAUUUCCACUUGGACCACAGCGGAGCUCUACCGUGGUUCCUAACGAAGACAUCAUUCAAGGGCCGAGUGUUUAUGACACAUGCUACGAAAGCCAUCUACAGGUGGCUUGUAUCCGAUUAUAUUAAAGUUAGUAAUAUAUCAACAGAACAGAUGCUGUACACAGAGUCAGAUUUAGAAGGUUCCAUGGACCGCAUUGAAACCAUCAACUUCCAUGAGGAGAAGGAUGUGCGAGGAGUCAGGUUCUGGGCAUACAACGCAGGCCACGUGUUGGGGGCCGCCAUGUUCAUGAUCGAGAUUGCAGGUGUUAAGAUUCUAUACACGGGAGAUUUUUCAAGACAAGAGGACAGACAUUUAAUGGCGGCGGAGAUACCAACAGUGCAUCCUGAUGUUCUAAUUACGGAGUCGACAUACGGCACCCACAUCCACGAGAAGCGCGAGGAGCGUGAGAGCAGGUUCACGGGCCUCGUCAGUGAGAUAGUACAGCGCGGCGGACGGUGCCUCAUUCCAGUGUUCGCGCUCGGCCGAGCUCAGGAACUGCUGCUCAUACUCGACGAGUACUGGUCUCUCCACCCGGAACUGCAAGACAUCCCCAUCUACUACGCGUCCAGUCUGGCCAAGAAGUGUAUGGCCGUGUACCAGACAUACGUCAACGCCAUGAACGACCGCAUCCGGCGACAGAUCGCCAUUAACAACCCCUUCGUCUUCAGACAUAUCUCCAAUUUAAAGGGCAUAGAUCACUUCGAGGACAUAGGCCCCUGUGUAAUCAUGGCGUCGCCCGGUAUGAUGCAGAGCGGCCUCUCGCGCGAGCUCUUUGAGUCUUGGUGCACAGAUCCCAAAAACGGAGUCAUCAUUGCUGGUUACUGUGUGGAAGGCACGUUGGCUAAGACGAUCCUGUCCGAGCCGGAGGAGAUCACAUCCAUGUCUGGCCAGAAGCUGCCGCUGAAGAUGUCGGUGGACUACAUCUCAUUCUCCGCGCACACUGACUACCAACAGACAUCUGAGUUCAUCAAUAUACUGAAGCCGCCGCAUGUCGUGCUGGUGCACGGCGAGCAGAACGAGAUGUCUCGCCUGAAGGCGGCCCUGCAGCGCGAGCACCGCGGCCGCCUCCACAUACACACGCCGCGCAACACGCAGCUACUGCAGCUCACCUUCCGCGGGGACAAGACCGCCAAGGUGAUGGGUUCCCUUGCGAUGGACACGCCGGAGCCAGGCACGCAGCUACAGGGGAUCCUGGUGAAGAGAAACUUCAACUACCACAUACUCGCACCCUCAGACCUCAACAAGUACACGGAGUUGACCCAGUCGGAGGUGACGCAGCGCCAGUCGAUCCACUACAGCGGGUCGCUGGGCUUGCUGCGCCACGUCGUCAUGCAGCUGGCGGGCGCCAUCGACUUCCUCUCCGAGACCAGGUGGCGGGUCUACUCGUGCGUAGACCUCACGCUGGAGAAUAACAUGAUCACUCUCGAGUGGGUGGCGCAGCCCGUGUCGGACAUGUUCGCGGACGCGCUGGUGGCGGCCAUACUGUCGGCGUCCGCGCUGGCCGCGCCCAGGCAUCUACCGCUCGCGCCCAAACUGGACCGCAUGCACUUCAAGGAGUGCGUGAUAGAGAUGUUGCAAGAAAUGUUUGGAGACGACGCCGUACCGAAGAUGUUCAAGGGAGACAAGCUGUACGUCAGCGUCGACGACAAGAGGGCCGACAUAGACCUACUCACUAUGGAGGUGAAAUGUCCGUCGGACCCCACCCUGGAGCGUACAGUACAGAGCGCGGUGAGCAAGCUGUACGCGGCGCUGGCGCCGGUGAAGCCGCCGCCCGCCGCGCCGACCUCGUGACCGCGCACUCCUACACGGACCCUGCACUGCUACAGUACACUGGACUUUAUACCUUCUGUAAAUACAUAAAAGAUAUAAAUUGCAGUGUUGGUGAUACAGGACAAUUAAUAUGAAUGGACAUUGACGAGUUGAAAUUGAUAAUUUUGUACUGAAAAUACAUGUUUGAAUGGAAUAUUUUAUGGUUAUUUAUGUGUCCCUUUUACCGGCUCAAGUGUCUACAACUUACAAUAGACGAAUGUAAUGUGAAAUUGUUGAUAAUAAGACAAGUAUUAUGCUGUGAAUGUUUGUUCGUGGAAUAAACUUUGUAUGUUAAGUAAAAA